AUGGCCGACAGAUCAGAGAGCACUCCUUGGACACCUCUGUCAUGGGCCGCAGCGAAUGGAUGGGAGGACUGCGUAAAAAUGCUGUUCAAAGAAAAAGGGACUACGCAGCACAAUCAUAAUGGAAGGUCGGCUCUGUCCUCAGCCGCUGGUGGCGGACAAGCAAUUGUCACCAUGCUGCUUUUCGAAGAGCCGGGGAUACAGGUCGACAAGGCAACGCCGCUAUCUUGA